UUCCAGUGUUCGCUCCUUAUCGGGCAGUCCUCCAACGGUGAUUCGCUGUCAAGCCCAUCCUAAAGCGAACCCGUGGACGUGCGAGCCGCUGCAGGGUGGCAGAGCAUUCGAUCCCCCCAUCACUUCCCUACACAGUACAAUAUGUGACGGCACCCGCCUCCUGACUGCACCCAGCAGUAGUCCAUGGCUACUUGAUCCUACUGUCUGGUGCGUGCAACUCUACACGUGCAGGUGCUCAGCACCUCCCAUCGUCUGCCGCGCCGCCUCUGCCUCUGCCUCUGCCUCUGCCACCCGUCCAUCUCUUCAUCACGACGUCCUCAAGUACCACGUUCGGCGUCGCUCCCCGCCAUCUUUCCUCGCACAGUACACAGACAUGAUGGCUUCUGAAUCUCGGGCCAGGGAUCGCCCUGCCCGCAAACUGACCAAGAGGCGGCGUGAGUCACGGCGCGUGUCGCUGGACAUUCCCGAGCGCUUCAAGGACGGAGACGAUGCAGACGACGAGGAUGUCAUGGCACCGACGAGACCCGACGGCAUACCCAUAAACCAAUCUCUCUUCUCUCUGAUAGCGAGGGUGGGCCAGCAGUCUCAGACGAACCUUGAGACUAUGCACGAGCUCGACUCGGGCGACAGCGACGAUGAGGGGAAUAAGGACGCUUUGUAUCGCAAUCUGGACGGAGCCGCACGUUUAAGCCGCAUCAGCACCUCCAACCUCUUCCAGAGCCUUCACCACGAUUCGCGUGCUGCCGCUUCGUCGUCAAGUAAACAUCGGAGGCGUCUCUCGGAUCAUAAGCUGCUACGGUCCUUGCCCAAGCUGAAGAUCACAAGCCGAAAGGACGCGCGCUCCGACGAUAUGACAUCUUCGCAGUUGCUUCCCCCUCAACUGACGACAGCCGGCGGAACCACGGACUCGCUCCCUAACAACCCCUCGCGCCAACCUAGAGCCUCUCACGAUCACUCCCGCAAGACGGAGAAGGAUCGCACCGUGGAGCAGAGGACCCCGGGCACUGGCAUGUCGCCGAAAGGCACUCUCCCUCUAGCUGACCGUUUACAACAAAUCUUCGAGUUUGACAGUGUCGAGGACGUCAUCGCCGAAUAUCCGUGCUGGCUACUGCAAAGCAUCCUACUCCAGGGCUAUCUGUACAUCACACAGAAGCAUGUUUGCUUCUAUGCCUACAUCCCGAAGAAGCAUCACGACGUCACUAAGACAGGCUAUCUUGCCAAGCGCGGUCGGUCCAAAUACACCCGAUACUGGUUCAAAUUGAAGGGCGACGUCCUCUCUUACUAUUCUAACCCGGAAGACCUAUACUUUCCACGCAACCGUAUCAACCUCCAGUACGCGAUGUCGGCCGAAGUGUUGGAGCCAAAGGACAAGAAAAAGGACGAGGCUGUGUUUGCCGUUACCACGGACCAGAGGACAUACCAGUUCAAAGCUGAUAGCGCUGUGAGCGCAAAGGAGUGGGUUCGCGCCAUUCAGAAGGUUAUUUUCCGAACGCACAACGAGGGAAGCAGCGUCAAAAUUUCGCUACCUAUCCAGAACAUCCUCGAAAUUGAGGAGAGUACUAUCCUAGACCUUGCCGAUACGUUCAGAAUCCGAGUGAUAGAUAACGACGAGACCUACGCCAUUGACGAGUAUUUCUUCUCGUUCUUGUCAAACGGACAAGACGCAUUGAAUGUGCUACGUAUAAUGGUCAAUGACAAUGAGCAUCACCAAAAGCAAGAUGCCGAGGGCAAAGGGUUGGCCGAUAAGCUAACAAUUACCGUCGGCGCUCUGGACCAGACAGCGACAUCUGGCAACAAUUCCUUUCAUCCUCCGCAAAUCACAGAGAACGUCCGAGCCACCUUGUCACCGCUACCAUCGCCGUACCUUGAGCGUACAAGUGCUGAGUCGGGAAGGUCGAGUCUUGACAUUAACCGCAGAAGUGCAGACUUGCGGCGGAGUAUGGACGCAAGCCGCAGCCUGCGACGCCCUAGUCAUGAGACGCGUCGUAGCUUCAGUGGAAGCCGUCAGGCGAAGCAGAAAGGUCGGGACAGGUCCCCAUUAUCUCCAAAGCCACAGGACUCCUCCGGCUCCGCUGCAAACUCUCUCGGCCCUGGAACAGAGUCUUCAGUUGCAGUAGAGUCUUUCGAUGAGGUCAACAAUUCCGCGAGCCAGAUUCUGAGUGGGAGUGACGUCUUCCGCGCACCGACCUCCCCUCCACCGACCAGAGUCGCCCCUCAGGCAUCCGGACUUGCACUCGGUCAUUCUGAUGAGACGGCCCGGUCCAAGCGUCCCGAGUACACGCAACAUGAAUCUUCUACACCGUCACCACAACACCCCACCACUACUCCGGAUAGAAGGCAACCGCAACUUGGCACGCCAAGUCCUGAGGGCGAUACAGACUCUCAACACCUUCACAAUCGUCUGGAAGCUUCGACGUCUACACUGCAGAACAUUGCUUCCUACCCCAUUCAAAAGGCUUCGGGGAUCGCUGGCUUCCUGCGCAACCGUUCGAAAAGAGUGAGCGGCUUCGUCGCUGCUGAGUCGAUGCAGUAUUACGAGAAAGUGUCGGGAAUGCUGGCGGGGGGAAGGAAGCGUUACACCGCCAGGGAGGGUUUAGAGGGGUACGAGCAAGGCUAUGAGGUGGAAGACGAUGAGGACGCGGCCAAGGCGACAGAGAGCUUCCGCGAGCAUUUUGCCCUACCGGAUACCGAACAGUUGCAGUCUUCUUUCUUUGCUUCGCUACAGCGGAUACUACCCAACUACGGCAAGAUCUAUAUCAGUACCCGGUUCUUCUGCUUCCGCGGCCUGAUGCCAGGUUCGAAAUUGAAGGUCCUCAUACCAAUGCGCAAGAUAGAGACCGUCAACAAAGAGAAGGGAUUUCGACCGGGAUAUCAUGCGCUUACCCUGGUGAUCCACGGAUACGAAGAUCUAUUCUUUGAGUUCAGCAAGGGGGAAUAUCGCGAAGAAUGUGCCAUUGAAGUUCUUCGCAUAGUGGAAGAGGCGAGAUAUAUGGAUGAUGACCAAUCGUCCUCUGGCGUCGAAAGUGACGAUGAGCUGGCCAAGGCGGAGCAUGAGCUUCUGCAAGACGGUCGGCCAGCUGCCGAGCCCGCGAGCUCCACAGACAUAUCCCAUCUUGCCCUUAUGGACCAGGAUCGUAUCACGUUGAUCUUCGACGACCCUCAGGCUUCCAUCGUCGACUUCAAGCCGUCGGAGCCUUUGAAUAUCGUAUGCUUGACUAUCGGCUCCCGUGGAGAUGUUCAACCCUACAUAGCUUUAUGCAAGGCGCUGAUGAAGGAAGGGCAUAAGACACGGAUAGCAACCCAUGCUGAGUUUGAACCUUGGGUCAGGAAGCAUGGAAUCGACUUUGCGCCUGUCGAGGGCGACCCGGCGGAACUGAUGAGGAUCUGCGUGGAACACGGGAUGUUCACCUACAGCUUCAUGAAGGAGACGAAUAGCAGAUUCCGCGGUUGGCUCGACGGCCUAUGCCACACCAGCUGGGCGGGAUGCCAGGGUGCAGAUGUCCUGAUCGAGAGCCCAAGCGCAAUGACCGGAAUCCAUAUCGCCGAGGCUUUGCAGAUCCCGUACUUCCGCGCUUUUACGAUGCCCUGGACGCGGACUCGGGCGUACCCGCAUGCGUUUACCGUCUUGGAGAGAAAGCUUGGGGGUACCUACAACGCCAUCUCGUACAAGUUGUUCAACGUUCUCUUCUGGAAGGCGAUUGCGGGGCAGAUCAACACUUGGCGACUGGCAGAGUUGGGUCUCCAACCCACGUCGUUGUCGGGAAUGCAGGCGGACCUGAGGCCGUUCCUGUACAACUUCAGCCCCUCUGUCGUUCCCCCACCGUUUGACUGGCCAGACUGGAUCCGGGUUACCGGCUAUUGGUUCCUGGACGAAGGGGAAGGGGACUAUGAGCCUCCCGCCGACCUGAUGGACUUCAUCGCCCGCGCAAGGCAGGACAAGAAGAAGUUGGUGUACGUGGGCUUUGGGUCUAUUGUGAUUGACAAUACCGCAGCCUUCACGAAGACGGUGGUGGACGCUGUCCUGAAAGCUGACGUACGAUGCGUCCUGUCGAAGGGUUGGUCUGAACGGCUGGCGGACGAGGAUGCACCGAAGCGUGAAGUCCCUCUCCCACCGGAGAUAUUCCAAAUCCAGUCUGCGCCCCACGACUGGCUGUUCAAGCAGAUGGAUGCGGCGGUGCACCAUGGUGGUGCUGGGACUACUGGUGCAAGCUUACGGGCGGGCCUCCCGACGGUCAUCCGACCUUUCUUUGGCGAUCAGUUCUUUAACGCUUCGCGUGUCGAGGACCUUGGUGUCGGCAUCUGGCUCAAAAAGUUCUCCACCAACUCUUUCGGGCGAGCCCUGUGGCAGGUAACGAACGACGAAAGGAUCAUUGUCAGGGCAAAAGUGAUAGGGCAGAAGAUACGCAAGGCACGCUCCAGCACGACCGUGGAAGUUGAGGGUGCUAACGUGGAACAGGAGAACGGCGUCCAGGUGGCGAUUCAGACCAUCUACCGAGAGCUUGAUCGUGCCAAAGCGUUGGUUGUAAAGCACUCACGGAAACCGGGCGACGAGCAUAACGACGACGAGGACGACACAGUCGAACUGGAUGAUGGCUGGAUGAUGGUGUCGGACCACCCCGAGCUAGACGUAGCUCAGGCGGAUGCGCUCAAGGAGGCAGUGGCCGGCAUGCAACAGGCUUCGACAGAGGCACCCGGUCCGGGAGGCAGUUCACUGGCAGUAGGGAGCAUGGUCUUGAAGGGCGCCGCCACGGAUGAUGUAUUUAAGAAGGAUUGA